UGACAAUGGGGCAAAAGGUUAAAGACCCAAAUGAAAGUUCCUCAAAUCAUUAGCAUCGAGUUGAUUGAAUCACUUCCCUUAUUUACUCUCCACUGUCGGAGUUUCCCUCCAAAAAGAUGCAAAUCGUAGCAGUCGUUCAUAAACAAAGUGUCUUGAGAGCAAUACGUCGAACAAUUGCCGUCCCUUUAUGUUCUCCCCGCCACUUCCGCUGUUUUGGCCCCAACUUUUGCACCCAAACAGAAAAGCCAACCCUUAUUCCCUGCCCAGAAACUUCGGAUUCGGAGAGAGAACAAGUAGAAAACGAAGAAGGAGAAGCAAAGAGCUUGAGCUGGAGAAUUGAAAAGCUGCCAAGAGGAGAGCCUGUUGCUUCAGCCUUCCAGAGCUGGAUGCGUGAUGGCUUCCCAAUUCACAGAGGCGACAUUUUUCAUACUAUCAACCGUUUGCGUAAAUUCAAAGCCAACAAACGUGCCCUUGAGGUAAUGGAAUGGGUCAUUAGGGAGAGACCCUUCAGGCCGAAGGAGCUAGAUUACUCGUACUUACUGGAAUUCACUACUAAGCUUCAUGGGGUAUCAAAAGGUGAGAGCCUUUUUUCUCGUAUCCCAUCAGAGUAUCAAAAUGAGUUGCUCUACAACAAUCUUGUAUUGGCAUGCUUGGACAAAGGCUUAAUAAGGCUUUCACUUUCGUAUAUGAAGAAAAUGAGGGAAUUGGGCCAUCCCAUAUCAUAUCUAGUAUUCAAUCGCCUCAUUAUUCUUCAUUCAUCACCUGGCCGGAAAAAGACUAUUCAGAAGAUUCUGACCCAGAUGCGAGCAGACAAGGUGGUUCAACAUGUUUCUACAUACAACAUUCUGUUAAAGAUAGAAGCCAAUGACCACAACAUUGAAAGAUUGGCAAAAGUGUUUGGUGAUAUGAAACAAGCAAAUGUCGAGCCAAAUGAGAUUUCCUACUGCAUAUUAGCUACUGCACAUGCUGUGGCGAGGUUGUCUACUGUAUGUAAAGCUUAUGUUGAAGCCAUUGAGAAAUCUACAAGCGGAAACAAUUGGUCAACAUACGAUAUUCUUGUUAUACUGUAUGGAUACUUGGGUAUGCGGACUCAGCUAGAAAGAAUCUGGAGCAUCAUUCAGGGACUACCAAAUGUUAGGUCUAAGAGUUUUGUGCUUGCAGUUGAAGCAUUUGGCAGAAUAGGAGAUAUAAAUCGAGCUGAAGAGCUUUGGGCAGAAAUGAAAUUAGUAAAGGGAUUGAAAUCUACAGAGCAAUUGAAUUCACUGAUAUCUGUGUACUGCAAACAUGGUUUUAUCACAAAAGCAACCAGCCUGUACAAAGAAAUGGAGAAAAAUGGAUGCAAACCUAAUGCCAUUACCUUCCGGCAUCUUGCUCUCGGUUGCUUGAAAGCAGGGUUAAGAAAUGAAGCUAUCAAAACCCUUGAAUUGGGAAUGGAUAUUUCAGUGAGCAUGAAAGUUAGGAGGUCCACUCCAUGGCUGGAGACCACUCUUUCAAUACUUGAUAUUUUUGCAGACGAUGGUGAUGUUGAAAAUGCUGAGAAAUUGUUUGAAGAAUUAAAGAAAGCCAACUAUACAAGGUACACAUUCGUUUAUAAUACAUUGAUAAAGGCAUAUGUUAAGGCAAAACUACAUGACCCAAAUCUUCUGAAGAGGAUGAUUCUUGGAGGGUCUAGGCCGGAUUCUGAGACCUAUAGCCUGUUGAAACUCAUUGAGCAGUUUCCAAAGUGAUUGCCUUUGUGGUGUAAGCCGUUAUAAUUAUUUGCAUAUGUCGUUGAGCUGAUCAAACAGACUUUUAUGGAUAAGAGAUAUCUAAAGCAAAAUCACUCUGCUACUAGUUCUGGACAUUUUGUCCCAUACUCGCUAAAGUUGGAGGCGUGAUGUUGCUUAAAUGCUUGCUUCUGCUUGUUGGUGGUUAUAUUUCAGAUGCACUAUUAGCUCCAUUUUUUAAGACAUGCUUAACUCUCUUGACGUAAGCACAAGGACUCUUGAAACUUGUCCACGCUCUCUCCCGAACAUUAGACCAAGUACAGCAUUUUCGAGCUUUAACUAUCGACAGGCAUCCUGCUUAAUGCCAUUGGGGAUGGUAUUGAGAUUCUGAAGCUGCCACUUUUUGACACUGAUUUCAAGGUUGCUUCAAAAAUGUUGACGUGGAAUAGCAUUCACCUUUGUCUCUACUGACCAGUUUCUGCACUAUGGGUUCUAACAGGCCAAUGGAAAGAUUCGACUCCUUCAUGUCGAGUUUCUUUGACAGAAUCUACAAAUGCGGCUUUGCAGCUUAUAUGUACACUCACACUCACACUCACACCUUGUUUUUCAUAUUUAUAAGGAGUAUACUUGUGUUUUCGUUUAUGGGUUUAGCACUGUGAGCAGAAAAAAUGCCAGAAUGGGUAUCCUCCUUCGCUUUUCAUGAUAUAUUUGAUUCCUUAGUGGACACCUUGAAUAACAUGUGGAGGAAACAUGGGGUAUUUUGAA